CAUCUACCACCGCAUCCCCGGCAGGCUGGACUCGACCUGGCGGCGCCACCGCGGCGGCUACCGCGGGCACCACCCCGGCAUCACCGCGACGACGACCACCACCACCACCCAGGCGCCCACGACCACCACAACCACGACUAUGGCGGCGGUCACCGAAGCUGAGGAAGUGGUUGUCUCCAGCAGGGCGCCACAAAUCACCAACAACGACGUACUGUCGGUCAGCGAGGAAGUAGACGAACACCAGGAGGAGGCGAGGAGGGAGGCAGAGAGGGCGGAGAAGGAGAGGAUCCGGUUGGAAGCCGAGAAGCUCGAGCAAGAGAGGAUCAGGCUUCAGGCUAAGAGGCUGGAGGAGGAAACGGUCCGGCUGGAAGAUGAGAAGUUGGAGCAAGAGAGAAUCAGGUUGGAAGCUGAGGAAAAAGAGAGAAUACGGUUGGAGGCUGAGAAGCUGGACCAAGAGAGGAUAAGGCUAGAGACUGAGAAGCUGGAACAAGAGAGGAUAAGGCUGGAGACAGAGAAGCUGGAGCAAGAGAGGAUCAGGCAGGAAGCUGAAAAGCUGGAACAAGAAAGAAUCAGGCUAGAGGCUGAGAAGCUGGACCAAGAAAUAAAGAUCAGGCAGGAAGCUGAAAGGCUCGAAGAAGAAAGGAAAAGGCUGGAGACAGAGAAGCUGGAGCAAGAGAGGAUCAGACAGGAAGCUGAGAAGCUAGAAAAAGAAAGAAUCAGGCUGGAGACUGAGAAGCUAGAGCAAGAAAGAAGGGUCAGACAGGAAGCUGAAAAGCUGGAACAAGAAAGAAUUAGGCUAGAAGCUGAGAAGUUGGAACAAGAAAGAAUCAGACAAGAAGCUGAGAAGUUGGAACAGGAGAGAAUCAGGCUUGAGGCUGAAAAGUUGGAAAAAGAAAGAAUCAGACAAGAAGCUGAGAGGUUGGAACAAGAAAAAAUCAGUCUGGAGGAUGAAAAGCUAGAACAGGAAAAAAUUAAACUGCAGGAGGAAGAGGUGGCACGGCGAGUGCGUCUGGAGGAAGAGCGGAUUCGCAUAGAAGCAGAAGAGGAGCUGCGCAGAAUAGAGGAGAGGAGGCACUCGGAAGAAGUGGACGAAAACCAACUACUGGAAGAGAGAAGGCAGGCCGAGCGGCGGGAGCAGGAGCGACUUGAAGAGCUGCGCCGGGAAGAAGAGCGCCUGGAGGAAGAGCGGAAGCUCGAAGAGCGCCGCGAAGAAGAGCGGCUGGCCAAGGAGCGGCGCGAGGAAGAGGUGCGUUUGGAGGAGAAGAGGAGGAAGGACGAAAUGGAGCGGCAGCGAAUCGAGGACGAGCGGAAAGAAGAAGAGAGGCUGGUGAAGGAGCGCGAGGAAGAGGAGAAGCGGGAAACAGAGAGGAGGAUGGAAGAGCGGCGACUGGAGGAAAAGCGUCUAGAAGAGCGGCGGCUCGAGCUGAAGAGGGAAUUCGAGCGACGCCUGGAAGAGCGGCGCCAGGCGGAGAAGCUAGAGGAGGAGCGACUGGCCGAGGAGCGCCGGGAGCAGGCGCGUCUCGCGGAAGAGCGGCGACUGGCGGAGCGCAGAGAACAGGAGCGCCGCGAACAGGAGCGACGCGAAGAAGAACGCCGCGAGGAAGAGCGUCGCGAAGAGGAGCGCGUCCGGGAAGCGCAGCGCCAGGAGAAGCUGGAGGCGCGGCUGCAGGAAGAGCGGCUGCAGGCGGCGCAAAAGGCGCGCCUCGAGGAGGAGCGUGUCGCGGCCGAGCGCGCUGAGGAGGAGCGCCGCCUGGAGCAGCAGCUACGUCAGCAGGAGGAAGAGCGGGAACGCCUGGACCGCGAGCGCCUGGAACGAGAGCGUCUGGAGCGGGAGCGCCUGGAGAAGGCCGAGGCGGAGCGCACCGAUGACGAGGACGACGCGGACGACGAGGACGACGACGAGGAGGACACCAGUGAGUCGGCAGAAGCGAAGAAGGCGGAUGGCGGCGAGAACGAGGUGGCGGCAGCAAAGAACGAGAGCGGCGAGGCGGACAAGGGCGACGAGGACGACGACGGCGACGUCAAGUCUGGGGAACACGCGGCGAAGAGCGAGGAAGACGACGAUGACGAUGUGAAGCCCACCACGCCGCGACCAGUGGACGCAGCCGUCAGCCAGGGGGAAACAAGUCCAGCAAACGCGCCUGAAAGUUCCACGGAAGAAGCCGAAGAAGAACGAGAGGAAACCAGAGAAGAAAAGAGCGAAGUCGCCCGCAAAGAAAGUGGAGCAGAAGCUGAAGACGUUGAGGAAAGGAAGGAAACUAAUGAGAUUCCCGGCGAGGAGGAAGGUGGGCGGGAAGAGGAGUCCGUGGAAGAGGACGAUGACGAGGGGAAGCAAUCCAAGAAGAGAGACGGGGACAAGGAAGAGGACGAAACCAGUGACGCCGAGGACAGCGGCGAGGAGGUAGAGUCGGAAGGCAAGCAGGCGCCAAAAGAGAGCGAAGAGUCAGUCACCGUCCCCACUACUCCGGAAACCGACAAGGAAGACGUCAAGGGCAGUGAGGGAGUGCCGGAUCUGAGCUGCACCGACGAGGCCCCCGACGUGCAGCACGCGCAGAUCAGAUACGUGCGGUCCGGCGCGGCGGCCGAGGCGCACUACGAGUGCCACCCCAGCUACGCGCUCCAGGGCGAGGCGCGGCUGACGUGCCAGGCCGGCCGCUGGGUGGGCUCCGUGCCGACGUGCAGCCCCGUGGACCCCUGCCUCGAGGACCGCGGCGGCUGCGACCACAUCUGCACCAACGUGGAGGGCGAGCCCGAGUGCUCCUGCAGGGACGGCUACCGGCUGGACGGCGACUACUGCGUGGACGUGGACGAGUGCGCCGGUGGCCGCGGUCCAUGCCAGGAGACGUGCGAGAACUUGGACGGCGGCUACCGCUGCAGCUGCGCCGAGGGCACCGCGCUGGCCGCCGACAACCACACCUGCGAGGACGUGGACGAGUGCGCCGCCGCCAACAACGGCUGCUCGCACACCUGCCUCAACACGCGCGGGUCCGCGGUGUGCAUGUGCCCCGACGGCAUGGUGCUGGGCGCGGACUGGAAGACCUGCAAAGAAGACGCCAAGGCCGGGAAGCAGGCAGGCAGUGGGUCCGAGGAGGCCGACGGAGACGGCGAGGAGGGCGAAGCGGGGGACGAUGAUGAGGACGGCGAGGGCGACGGUGAGGAUGACGAAGGCGUGGAUGAAGGCGGCGACGAGAAGGACGGCAACGACGAGGACUACGUCGACGACCAGCCCCAGAGGGAGGCGUCAGGCAAACAGUACCCAGUGCUCAAGUGCCCUCGCGACGUGGUCGUUGAACUGCCCCCUGGCAAGGCAACCGCCGGUGUAACCCUCAGCAAGCCCAAACUCGGCCCGGGAUUCAACUGGAAGAGGGACGUGGCGGCGCACCCAGCCUGGGGCAAGGGCAGGCACGUUGACCUGGGCGUCGGCGACCACGUGAUCACGUACCGCGUCAAGCACCCCUCGACGCGCGCCAAGGCGUCCUGCGUGUCCGUCGUGUCAGUCAGACCUAGCGAGGCCCCCGUCAUAGCGGGCUGCCCCCACACUGUCACCGCCAGGGUCAGGGGGAGGAAGCGGUCGGCCUCCGCCACGUGGCGCGAGCCCACCCUGGACGACAACGUCGGCGUGGUGCGGAUGCAUCGCUCCAGGGACCCAGGAUCGCGGUUCCCAGUGGGAAAGACGCUGGUGACGUACAAGGCCAGCGACGCGGUCGGCAACACCGCAGUGUGCAGCUUCCUCGUGGACGUGUCGUGAAAAACAACAUUGUUACCGUGUGUUCGUUAUCAUUAAGUUUUCAUUGAAUAAGUUUUUUUACUUGCGAAGUUAUUAAGUGUUAUUGUUACGAUGUCAUUAGAAUUCAUCGGUGCCAUGUUCGAGUCUAUCCAUUUGUAUUUACGAAUGUGUAUGUAUGAAUGUGUGUUGUUGUGUGUGUGUGUGUGUGUGUGUGUGUGUGUGUGUGUGGCGCGCGUCGCUGUGUGCUGCUUUGUCGUACCUUAACUAGGCUUUGAGUGACUGUGCUCGUCUCGUUGGACUGUGGUGCAGGCUGUUAGGGUAAAGCAUACUGUUUGAGUGAUGUGUAAAUAAUUUUAUUUUUACACUAUUACUAUCGUCAAGAAGAUUUCAGUGCAUGCAAAAUCAGACAUUGAUUUCGAUUCGUGUUGUGUGUGAAUCGAAGUAAACGCUCGCUUGGCAGGCCCGCGCUGUAUGAUGGUGAUACAAUAUACUUUCAGUCUGGCCAAUGGGUAUCUUCGUAUGGAAUGUCUCCGGUACGUUUGGGCUUUUAGUACACUUUAUUAUUAUUUAUUUUGUACACAUCGAAAUAGAUCUGAAGCGGAUUAUGUAUGUAAGGCGCCAUGAAAAAUGGGGCCACGACCUUUGACCUAUAAAUGCUUCAAAUAGUAGUUUAGUAUUAAUACAUUACGAGAACGAAACUACACUCCCAGUCAGCGAUAUUUCUAGCCCUGCGCGUUAAUUUUGUUCAAUUUACGUACUUCAAAGCUUUCCCUACAUUCACAAUAAGAUGUUUCGUGCAGCAUCUCGAAAGAUAAUGCAGUAUUGCAUGAUGAUUGAAUUACUAUUGUCACUCUUGUGCUACUGCUUGCAUCCACCCAUGACAUUUUGUGUCCAAUCUAAGCCAUAAUCGGACAACGUUGCUUACGAGUUGGCCACAAAGAGGAGCAUAAGUGAGUCGCGUGGAAUAUACGCAACUGUCUUUAAAUUUUGCUUAAAUCUAAUUGUUUUUCUUCAUUAAAUUAAAAUGUAAUGUUUUCCUCGGGCAACAAUCGUUGAUCGUACUAAAUUGUUACUUUCUGAAUUUCUUAAAACCAGUGUCUUGGCUGAUCUUGCCUUAACUUCCACGUUUCAUAACUGACUUGUUGGUAUCUAAAUACAUUCAUUGUAGAAGUAA